UAAAUCUGGCUCCACACAAAGACGCCCAUUGACGACACAUAGUCGCAGUACUGGAAGAGCUCGUGGAGAGCAACAUCUCACAUUCAAAUACCAGGAUUUGCCCGAGGAAGAGAACUUAUAUCUGAACCUCCAGGCAGGGGUACCCAAAGCUCGUCUGCAACAUGAAGUUGUCUUUUGUUCUAGCUUUUGCGUUUAUCCUUCCACUUAUGAGGGCUCAGGUACCUCACUGGGGACCAUGUCCAGAUCCAACUGUUCAAACUGCCUUCAAUCUCAAACAGUUCAUGGGGAGAUGGUUUGAAAUUGCCAAGCUGCCGGCCCAGUUUGAGAAGGGACGAUGCAUCGAAACCAAUUUCACUUUGACGACGGACAGCUCCAUUCGGGUGGUCAGCUCUGAGAUACUAAAAGGAGAGCUGAGGAAAAUAGAAGCUGGAGUCAUAGAGGACAUGAAGAAUCCGGCCAAGCUGGGGAUAAGUUAUUCCUAUGUGCUUCCAUACUCCCCUUACUGGAUCCUGUCCACCGACUAUGUGAACUCCGCUGUGAUCUACUCCUGCACAGACAUCCUGAGACUCUUCCACGUUGACUUUGCAUGGGUCCUCAGCCGAACACGAACCUUGCCAGAAUCAACUCUUGAGAAAGCAAGAGACGUCUUUGCAAAAAAUAACAUUGACGUGAGCAGGAUGAUUGCUAGCAGACAGCAAGGCUGUGACAAAACUCUGUAGAAGAGCAGAACAAGUUGAGGCAGUUCAUGACAGGAGGGAAAAAAAUGUUUAAGAAAUCUUUUACUUUUUCUUCAUGCUGAUUGUGACUUGGAGGCUAGAUUUAACAUAUUUACUCAGUUUCUUUAUGUUUGGAAUCUUUCUGCCUUGUCAUGACUAUAUAAAUGUUUACAGUACAACAUAACUGCAUGCCUCACUGUACAUUAUCAUGGUUUGUUGAAUUUGACGGAGAAAAGCAGAACUACUAAUGCAAAGUCAUAGUGAACCCAUCUUUUUGUGAAACGUAUCAUCACUGGUGGUGCUAUUAAAACCUGUGGAUAAUGUUUUCACAGAAGCUAUUUUGUCAUAAUAAA